AUGGCGUCUAAAAUGUCAAAACAAAUGGGUUUAUUAAUGUUACAACAAUUUCUCGACGACGAUGAUGACAUUGAUAACUUGUUAUAUGCUGCAGCAGUUAGCGGUUAUCAGAAUUUGUCACUGUGCUACAUUAGCAUACUUAAGAAAAGAAAUAAAAUUCCUCGAAUCCUUAAUUACGCUGAAACUGUUAUCCCAGAAUACAGUAAUGAAGAAUUUCGGAGGCGCUUUAGAAUGAAUAAAGAAACAUUCUUAGUUCUAGUUGAACAGUUAAGAGGGAGCAGAAAUUACAAAACUAUUAGUUUAGAAAAACAAGUUCUGAUAUUCCUUAAAUAUGUCUCUAGUCAGAUGACUUUGCAAGCAAUUGCCGACUAUUUUGGUGUAUGUGAAUACUCAGUUUUUGAAAUUGUCAAAUGUCUUGCUAAUGUAAUUUGUGAAAAGCUUUUAGCACAAUAUAUAAGAUGGCCCAGCAACAAUCAGGUACAAGAAAAUGUCCAAAAAUUUAGUCAGAAAGGGUUUCCAGGAGUCAUAGGUGCAAUUGACGGUACACACAUACCAAUACGUGCACCUAAGGAAUACCAUGAAAACUAUAUAAAUCGCAAGUCUUUUCAUUCUAUCAUACUUCAAGGUAUUUGUGACCAUGAUAUGCAUUUCCUAGAUGUUUUCUCUGGAUGGCCAGGAUCCGUACAUGAUUCUCGUGUGUUUAAAAACUCACUAAUUUUCAACAAAUUUGAAAAUGAUAGCGCCAACAUGUUCUUCGGCAAUUCACAUUUAUUGGGAGAUUCCGCAUAUGGCCUUCAGAACUGGCUGAUGACACCGUAUAAGGAUUAUGGUAAUCUUACCAGAAAUCAAAGGAAGUAUAACUUUGUACACAGCAGCACUAGAAUGGUCAUUGAACAUGCUUUCGGGGCAUUAAAGGGGAGAUUUAGAAGAUUAAAAUACCUCGACAUUCUGGAUAUUCAAAAAGCCGUCGAAGUUUCCUUGAGUUGUUGUGUUUUGCACGAACUUUGUCUGUCCACACAUGAUGAUAUGACUGAAUAUAUUGAAGAAGGAGUUGUUGAAAAUACGGAAGUCAAUAAUUUUGUAGAGGUUCAUAAUCCUACUGACAAUGCAGAGACGAAAAGAAGUGCCAUAAUGGACAACUUAAUUUGA